AUGUCUGAGCCGGCAGAGUCCGCGCCCGCCCUACAGGACUCUUUCCCUGUCACCAGGGCGCAGAAGGACGGCAAGGAGCGCCUGCUCAGCCGCAAGGAGAGCUACUCGGUGUACGUGUACAAGGUGCUGAAGCAGGUGCACCCCGACACGGGCAUCUCAUCCAAGGCCAUGGGCAUCAUGAACUCGUUCGUCAAUAGCAUCUUCGAGCGCAUAGCAUUAGAGGAGUCGGGCCGCAUUACAAAAAGCAACCGACCAUCACAUCUCAGUAGAUCCAGACGGCCGUGCGCCUGCGUGGCUCGGAGCUGGACAAGCACCAAGGCGGUCACCAAGUAA